UGUAUCUCCUGUGGAUUUAGUUGCUGUGGUCCAUUAUUUUUCACAGACAUGACCUCGGCCACAUGAUAAUCAGGUUAUUGGCUUCAUACUCAUUGAUUACCACCCCCCCUCUGCUCUAGAAACUUAUUUAGAACUCUGGACGUGGGUGAACGCAGAUGAAACAUGCAUAAACUUUCAAGCUGUCUCCCAUUGAAUUCACAUUCCAUUUUUUGAGCUGUCUAAAGUCUGGGUUUAGCUCUGCCUUGGUCCUAUCGAUCCAUGUAUUAUAACUCACAUGAAUGGGUUGCUGUGUGUUCUUUAGAAAUGAUAAUAAGGGUGGUAGCAUCCCGAUUCAGGAGAAUGGCAGAACGGGAGUAAGGGUGAUGGUGAGUUUGAGUGGGUGAGUACUUUGUAAGGGUGUAGAAAAUUUUUGGGUGUGUGUGAGCGUAUGGUCACCAGUGCUAUGAAGGCAGGAGCACAAUAAAGGCACAAUUCCAUAAGGCCAACAACUAAAUUGUAAAUAACAGUGAUUGCACACCUACACACAAACUGAGAAUAAUGGAUACAGUGACUGAUUUUUUCACUCUCAAAGCUUGCUCCUCUAACCCGUGCACUGGCUCACAAAUAUACAGUACCCAUUAACGAAUGGGUUGUGCUGCCUAAAUCAGGUUGAAGCUAGCUGUAACAUAGACUAACAGACAGACAGCACACCCAUCUGUCGAUAGAGUAAAGUGGAUUAUUUGGCACUUCCGUCUAUCAUAAAUCAGGGGACUGACAAUUUAAAUCAUAUUUAUAGAGACAGAUUGGGACGUCUUACGUUUAUCACGUUACAAACUGUGCAAGAAAACAAAGACAAACAUUUUGUGUAUAGUUCAAAUAUUGGAAUUCAUUUUAAAAUCGAUAAAACCAAGUGUUUGAAAAUUUCCUAUCGUAUUAACAAAUUUCAUAUAUAUAAAGAAAACUGCGAUGCUAAUGAAUAUUAAUAAUUUCAUGAGAACAAUUAUGCCAAAAACGUCAACACCAACAAAAGAGUUGACUGGAACUGAUUAUACCGAUGGGUCAUCUGGUCACGAUAUGAUUAAAACCGAUUUAUUAAAUUCUUACACAAACACUUUGUCGUCAGUUGCUAGCUCUAAGAAACUUACUACUAGCAAAAAUAUCAGUAGCUAUAACUGUAACAGAUCAAUUUUAAAAGAUAGUGAAACAGAAGCUUCAGUAGAAUGCCUGUCAAAGGAUGAAUCUUAUCAUAAAACUGACUACAAUAGUGCUGAAUUUUUACAAGGUUAUACACUUAUAAACAAUCAAGAGAAUCUUGAAGCAAAUGGGUUGAAAAUGCGUCUUUUAGCGACGCUCGCUGAUAUGAUUCCACAUGAUGAAAGUUUAAGUUUACGUCUACUGAUGAGCUACACAAUUGAUGAUCAAGAAAGUGAGUGUGUUGUUAUUGAUGAAACACUGUGUCGAGGGGGGAAGCGUAAUGAAACCAACAAUAAUAGUUUUCAAAAUUGUUUAGAUAAACCAAAGAGUAAGAGUGGAAUUCAUGAAAUGCUACUCAAUGAAAAAAAGCCUAUAUUGAGUGCAAUAUCUCUUGAACAUUCAACUAGCCAACAAAGUACUUCAAAUGAAGCUGAUGCAUUAGACUUAUCUCUACAUAAUGAAACAUCUGAUUUCAUGGACUAUCAUACAGAUUCUUUGAAUACAAAACCAAUAAAACAAGAUUAUACGUCACAAGCAAUUAUUGACGGUGUAAUUAGUGAAACAAAAUCCCCAUGUUGUAUACCAUCGAGUUUGUUAUCAUCUAGCCUUGUACAGUCCAAUAUGAAUUCGACAAAAGCUUUGGAUACAGUUGUGGCUACAACAUCUGCAACUAAUUCGAUUAAUCAAAUUCCAUUAUUUGAUACGUCUAUAUUAGCAUUACUUCCAUUAUUACAGCAACAACAACAGUCUCAACAAAUACAGCCAAACCAACAAAGUACAAAUACAUUAGCAUAUCAAAAUGUUUUAAACCCAAGUUCAUUGUCAUUGCUUCCUGCCACUAUUCCUACUUCAAUGACAACAAUAAGUGCAACGAAAUCGAAUCCUAUCACUUAUAAUUAUACAGGUAUGUCGACAAAUGCCAAUUUGCUAUUCAAUCAAUUAUAUCCAACACAAUUGCAACAAAAUAUUCAACAAACCAAUAAUUUACUUACAACACAUUUGAGUAGUAUAAUACCAAAACAAACAGAAACAAUGACAACAGAAUCAACUUCGACAGCAGUUUUAAAUACAAUUGCAGGUUCAUUAACAAACAAUGCAGUUAACACCCAGUCGCUUUUAAAUACAGCAUCUGUUAUAGGAUUCCCAUUAAUAAAUCCAUUUUCACUUCAUACAAAUAUUACUAGUAAUAGUAGUACCAGUAACAACAAUAGUAAUACUGAUCAAUUUAAUGCUUUCCUACCAUCUACAUCAUUUCUCGGAACAACAUCAACAUCUACACUUUCACAAGCAUUACUGACGCAAUCAACACCAUCAUUAUCAUCAUCGCCAUCGAAUAUUACAUCAAUAAGUUUAGGAUCGACAAAUACCACUGCUACAUUAUUCAAUGUCAAAGAUAAGCAAACAGGUUUAAUUGAAACUGUAGGUAUAAUGCCAGGUAUAAAACAUUUAAAUCAACCAAUUGCAUCAUUAAUCAACCAGUUAACUCUCAAUGCUUCGUCUAAUAAUAAUAAUAAUAAUAAUAAUAAUAAUAAUAAUAUUUCACUUAAAACACUCUCAACAUUAUCCCAACUAUUUAAUAGUAACCUCCUUACAACAAUAUCAACUCAUAAUUCUACAAAUCAUAAUACUACUAAUAAUAAUACAAAUUCUACAAAUUUCAAUAUAGUAAAUAAUCUAACUAUACCAACAAUAGUAAAUACACAUAUUAAUAAUAAUCAUAUUUCUUUGGAUAAUGGAACAAUGAAUGAUAAUGAACUAAUAACAACAGAGAAAACUCAUAUUAAAUCAUCUUCAAGUGCAAGCAUAUUAUCGAAUAGUUCUAGUCCAUUAUAUUCAUUAAAUAAUCAUUCAACAGAUAAAUUUUCAAAACUAAAUUCAACAAAAAAUCAUAAAAAUGAAAAUAUGAAAUUAUCAGUGCAACAAAAUCAACAAUCUAACACCACAACAACUACUACUAAUACUACAACUGCUAAUAGUAAUUUUUUAUUUGGUCGAAGAUUAGUUCUUAGUCGUCGUUUUAUUUGUAAUCAAUGUCGUCGUAAUUUUUCAUCAUUAGCUGAAUUAAAUCGGCAUACAAUUGAAGCGCAUAAUUCAUUUCGUUGUACAAUUUGUUCAGCACAUUUUACACAAAGAUCUAAUCUACAACGACAUUCAUUGAAACAUGUUGGUUUUAAACCAUUUACAUGUAAUCUAUGUAAAAAAGAAUAUUACCGUAAAGAUCAUUUAGUUAGACAUAUUGAAGUAACGCAUCCAACACAUGAUCCUAAAAUGAAUAUCACUGUUCAUUUAACAUCAUCAGAGUGUUUAGACUAUUUGGAUAGAUUACAGGCUGGAAAACAAUCACAAUCACCAUUAUUACAUCAUAAUCAACCGGAGAAUAAAGAAUCAACAUCUAAUUUAGGUUCAGAUGUUACUACAAAUAUUACUACUACUGCUGCUGCGAUUACCGCUACUACUAUAACUACGGGUAGUAGUAGUAGUAGUAGUAUUAAAAACAGUACUGCUUCUGACCUAUGCAAUAAGAAUAGUAUUUACAAAGACGAUUUUGAUUUAAUGAAUGAAGAGUCCAUGAAAAUUGAAGAGGCUACAUUAGAAACACCAGAUAUUGAAAUGAACGGAGACAAUGAUAUUAAUAAUAGUAAUAAUGACGAAGAUAUUGAAGAACAAUAUUACAGUAUGACCGAUUGUAAUGAAAUUAGUUAACUACAAUUGAUUAAUGAAUUAAAAACAAACAAUCGAUAAGUGUAAAAAAAAGACUUGAAAACUAUUUCAUCGAAAUUUCCAUUUUCGUGUGUAUUUACUUGCACAACAUGCAUCUGAUAAUGCACCGGUCUCUGUGUUAUUACAGUUUACUAAUUUCUCAAAAACAUCGGAAGUUGGUUUCUUUUUUUUCCUACUGAAAUUGCAUUUAUGAUAAACAUUUAAUGUUGUGAAUAACAUUGAAAUCUGUCAGUUACCUUUGAAAUACCAUUCAGCAUUAUUAUGUAUUUAUUUAGUACUUAUAUAAAGGGAUAUAUGCUGUUGUGCAGUUCCACUUUUCGAAAUGUUUAACCAAUUACACAAAGAAGUGAAAUGGAAUAAAUGAAAUGAAUAAUAAACAAUAAAUCUCAAUCAUGUUAGUUCCUGUGAUUAAUUAAUUCUUCCAAUCUUUUUUUUAUGAUAAAGCUCUUUUUAUAUUGUGUUUCAUUGGAUAACAAAUAAUUCAUUUUUAUAUAUACAUGCGUGCAAGGUCGGUUUGAACGAUAACGUAGACCUUAUUCAACAUUCCAUAAUAGAAAACAGAGAAAUGAAUUUGGAUGAUGAAAAAUUUGACAGAGUAUGUUAUAUUAAAAGUGGAUUUUUUUGUUUCUACUUCUUAUUUGUCUUUUCCAUACACAAACAUGUUUUUUUAUAGUUACUUUUUUGCUUUCAUUUAAUGAGUUUGUAAUUUGUCUUUUAUAUUUUAUUGACAGUUACUUCUAUCAUUCCUAAAUGCUAUUCAUGUUAUUACCAUCACAAAAACCAACUAAUUGCAUCGAUAUUCAGUAUUGUCAUAUCUAAUUCAUAUGUUUUACGCUCAAUAAUUCCGCUUUAUGAAACAGGUUAUUUAGUAGUUCGUAAUGAGGAAAACAUCAAUAGAGAAGUGACUAUUUUAGACUGAUAUCUUUGAUAUUAAUGUCAUUUUAAAUUGACGAUUUUUUGGGAGAAAAAGUAAUGUAAUUUAUACCUGUUUACAUGAUACUAGCAUGAAGUGUCUGUUAGAAUAUACCCUAAAAGGUU